AUGAUGCUGCAGUUCCGGCCAAGUCAACCAUUUCGCCAGGGGGCAAAGAAACACCGUUCCACCAAUACUUCCUCUUCCCCUCCUCCGCCACUCCUUGCCUCAUCACCCUUACCACAGUCUCCUCCGCCAACUUUCGAGCCCAUCAUGCGCUGCCUGAAGACAGGUUGUAUGCCCUCCUCGCCCCGGUUCGAUUGCCUCGGGUUCGAGGCGCGUUCUCCACUCAGUCAAUCCAGCAAUCCCAACCAGCAUUCCACCAACAGUGAACCCGGUCACCUGCUUCCCGUUCGCUCAAUUUCAAACCGGUACCGUAAUCCCAUUUUAUUUCAACCCUCCACCUGGCGACGCACUGCCUCCAAUUCGUCACCUCCUCGUGAGACUUUUGGCUCUUUCAACAAUACCUCCUGUUCUCCAGACUCUGUAUCAGACCCGACAUUUUCAUCUAGCUUCAAUUCUAACCUAAGCACAAGUCCCGGUGCAACGACCGGCUUGGCGUCCGGGAAGACUGUACUUCCGGAAGGACUAGCUAGAUUUGCAGCAAACUCCUGUCUCAAUCGGCGCCGUAUUAAUCCUCUAACCAUCUCAUCAACUGCAAUCACAUUUGAAGACUCCCUGCAGUGGCCCAAUCCGAACCCAUUACAUCAUCCCUCUCCUGUUGAAAAUCCACCGCAAAAUUUUGCGACAAAAGCUAGUUCUAGCCCACCUCUCGUUGCUUCAGCGGUAACUUCCGUGGUCCCUGCUGGUAGCUUGCCUAGUUCCCCUAUGCGCAGCACACAUUCACCCCGCCUUGUCGGUAGGAGCCAUAUCAGCCCUUUAGCACAGGCCUUCUGGCUAGCAAACGGACUACGCGGCAGCGACUGUAUUCCUGAGGAAGAUGAAGAGUCAAUAGGUACUUCUAAAACUGUUGCGACUGCCUCCAAUGCUCUUGUGGCAACCACAACGCCGAAAGUGCAGUCCCUGACGGCCAAACAUGUGAUAUCGAGGAACAUGGUAUCUGGAGGCCAACGAAAUCCCACAAAUAGUAGUUGGGCCGCAGAAAUGGCUUCAUUGCGCUUUGGCACAGGAAUUUGGAAUACUACUUCAGUUUCCACCUCACCAUCUAUCUCAAACUGGUCGAAGCGUCUUGUUGGACACCCAACACCUUCACCUCCGCCCCCACCAUCAUUGUCUUCGCCCGCUGUCACAAGCUUCUUGGACGUCAGGAUGGCGGCGCUUAAGGCAGCGGUCCCCCGACGCCCGGUAGGCUGUGGUGCACGUAUGAAACAGUACUUUAGUGCUCCUCCGGGAAUUUACUGGCCAGAAACCAUCAUUGAACAAGUGGAAGAGGAGGAACAAGAAGAAGUAGAAGGGCAAGAAGAGGAACAAAAUGAGGAGCAUAAGCGAGGUAAAAGUGAAGAGAUAGAGAGGCAGGUUUCUAUGUCCCACUCGCCUCAUCAACCGAGUGAUGAUACCUUGCAAUUAGGGAGACUGGAACCAUCCAUAACAGGGGACACUCGUCAGCUUAAAGAUGCUGCUGCUGUCAUUAAUGGAUGUGAAUCGGCUGUAGCAAUGGAGGUUUCUUUUGCGACAUCGCUUUCCGAUAAUCUAUCCUCCAUCUCAUCGCCGUCAUCAUCUGAUAUGGCAGACUCAGGUACUGAUGGCCCUGGGCAUAAGGACUGGUUUGGCUCAGGUAACACUGCCGCCUGGUUCGUUCCGCUGGGUCCUGCCUUCCCCGAAGGGUUUGCUACAACUACGACCACUACUUCCGCUCCUAUGGCGAUGUGCACUGAGGUAUCCUCUGCCUGGCCGCAAGCUUGGGAUUCGUCUGUUUCGACCUUUGCAAACCAAUCUUUCGCGAUGACCGGACUUCCGACACGUCCGGUUUCUGCCGGACCAGAAGGAGCUGUAUUGUGUGAGCAAAUUUACGAUGACUUAGCCGGAGAUGAAGUUGAGCAGAAUUUGGUCAUCUACUCUAAUUGUCGGCUACCCAGACAGAUAACCUCCGAGUAA